CUUCAAAAAUCAUACAAAUCCAGUUCCAAAGAUGCAUUUCUACUGAAAAUAUUUACAACGCACCUGUGAAGAUCAUGAGAUUCUCAUGAAAGUGAUGCUAAACGACCAGAAAUACGACAUUAUUUUGGUGAAACUUGGUUGAUAAGGCCGUUAAAAAAAUUGUAUAAAUACAUGUGUACGCAAUGAAAAAAUUAGUUGAUUUUUAAAAAAAAUAUUUUGAAAACUCUAAAAAUGCUGUACUUUCUCCGAAAUAUUUUUUUCCUUCUCGGAUUACUUGCUGUAGUAUCUACUCAGUAUUUGAAUACCGGAUUUGUACCAGUUGGCUAUGGAGCUAAUCUUUUUGGCGGUAGCUAUGGCGGUACAGGACUUGGAAAUCCUGGAGACGGAGUGGAUCCAGCGACCGGAAAACUUCCAGGCGGACGAGUUGGAAAAUGAGCAAUUCUCAGUUUCAAUUUGUAAUUAUGUACAUAUUUUUUUAAAUAAAAUAUUCUUUC